AUGACCUCCAAAGAAAGCAUCUCGCCAAAACCCGAGGACAUCGAUACGCACUCAAUAAUUUCUAUGCAGGAGUUGGACCCGUCGCCAGUGCAGGAUGUAUUUCCCGACCUCGAAAGUGGCCAAUACAUCUUUCAAUCACAGGGCCGUCCAUCAAAGCUUGGGGAUAUAUCAAAAGCCGGGCAGCCUCCGUUCAGCGUAGGUCUCCGUGGACACAACUGGGACUCAUGGUUAUCCGCACUCCAGAGAUACUCAACGUACCCCCCUACUUUAUUCUUUUCGCUACAUUUCGCCAACACCUCUCUUUUCCCUCUAGUGACUCAGUCGGUUCCAGAUAGUGAAACCUAUCUGCUUCUUACGAGACCAAUCUACCAGUCUCCGGGGCUUGAGCAUGUGGUCCUAACCGUUCCCAUCUUAGUUCAUAUCGCUUCCGGCAUUGUUCUCCGCAAUAUUCGUUCUUCUCGCCGUGCACGACUGUACGGGGCGGAGACUAGGGCCCAGAGAUACUCCCUGAACUUCUGGCCGCGGAUGAGCCUGCAAGCGCGUCUAGGGUACUGCUUUGUUCCGUUCCUGGGCGCUCAUGUCCUCGUUAACCGUGUCACACCUUUGAUCGUCGAUGGCGGGAGUUCGGGGAUAGGUUUGGGCUAUGUGGCUCAUGGAAUCGCACGAAACCCUGUCUUUUGGAAUGUGUACUAUGUGGUCCUCGCCGCUGUUGGGAUGUGGCAUAUCAUUGGAGGAUGGGCUACUUGGAUGGGUUGGAGGGUCACCACGGCUCAGAAGAGGCGCGGUUGUAAGAAAGGAUCACUUGAGGGCUACUUGGGGUACGCGGAAAGCGAAGAGCAGGUCAAGAGAAAGAGAAAAAUGCGGUGGAUAGUUAAUGGCGUUGCCGCGGUAGGAACAGCUGUCUGGCUCGCGGGCGCUCUGGGAAUAGUUGGUCGUGGAGGCCAGGGUUCGGGCUGGGAGGCCAGUGGCUGGAAUGAAAUCUAUAAACAAGUACCGAUUCUCGGGCCCUGGCUAUGA